AUGAUUGCAGAAGUGGAGUCAAAUAGGGUGGGUGAAGAGAGGCAGACAUCGAGUGGGGCGCAUGAUUUAUUUGCAAUUCCGUCUCACGGAGCGCCGAUCAAUGUGGUGAACGCCAUCACUGACUCAAGUGUGUGUCUCGUGACCGACAUCGGGGGCAACAUCUCAGGCGUAUCAAUCAAGAAGCUUCGCGUGCCGCCGGUUUAUGUCCUCGAUGACACUGCCAACGCCAUUCGCAAUCCGCUGAUCCUCGAUUGUGACUACAAAGUGGAGCAAGGCGAGUCUGGCCUGGUGGUGAAGUGGCUGCAAAACGGUCAGCCUGUGUACCAAUGGAUUCCCGGCUCGAAGCCCUUUCCGCUGUCGUACUUCCGUGGUCAUGUGGACACGAAGUAUGAGGCGUCCAAGGCGCCAGAGGCCAAACAUCGCGCCAUUGCCAUCACGCAGCCACUGUACAACAUGACCGGCAACUACACGUGCUCCGUGGCGUCAUUCCAGUCGCAGGACAAGAGGACGUCAUUCCUUCAGAUUGUCGUGCCAGACAACGACUUCCAAUUGAGCUACAAUUGCUGUGACGAGGAGAAUGCCAUCACGGUUCAGUGCUCCACGCUGAAGGUGUUCCCGGAGCCAACACUGACACUCUCGGUGGACAACAUGCUCGUGGACACGGGAGAAGAGAAGAAGCGCAAGAAGCAGAACGGUCUCUUCGAGUCCAUUCUCACGUGGAAGGUGAAUCGCGCCCAGUUGGAACCGCCAGUCACCUUCAAUUGCGCCCUGUCGAUCCCCGGCACGAAUUACAGCGUGCGACGCGAAACUAUCUACUACGUUGGCGCAUCAACAUCAUCUGUUGAUGCUCUCUUGCCGACAGUCAGCCUCCUUCUUGGCGUCUUAAUUAAUCACCUCCUCCGGGAGUGUCAACUUGUGUAAAUGACAGCGAAAAUGCUCGAAGCAGGAGGAGUGCAACAAUGGACAUCCAAGGCCCAUCUUUCGCCUCCUCGCCACUCUCUCGCCUCAUCUUUCCGCCUUGCGCGGCGACUCAAGUGGCGACGAGCACCCACCCCACGAGUAGAGGGAUAAGUUUCUAUAUAGGUAAAUGUUAUGUAGGGCAGAAGAUGGCAUAAGAUGUUAUACUGAGUGUACAUAAAUUAAGUAUUGAAUGACCAAAAAAAAAGAACUAAGACAGGAGGCAAGAAGACAAUUGAAAUGUGCAUGAAAAUUAUAAUUGUAUAUGUUUUACUGUGUGAGCAACAGAAAGUCAGCGUAAAAUGUCAUUAGUUUCCCUCUUCACAAUCAUAACUAAUGCCGUCUUGAAUGUAUUGUUGUCACUUGAACAUUAUACUUUCUACCCAUUUUAAGCAUCUCUGGGCUCUGUCAGAACAGAUAAAACUGAUUGAUUGUGGCUUGUGUUAUUAAAUUUUAAAUGAAUUGACUUUAAAUCCAACUGUCAUUUCACAUACGUCAAUUUGCCCUACAAUUGAUUGCUAAGACACUACUAUUCUUGUCUUGUCUUGCUGUAUUUCUUCCCUAAUCUUCACAAUUUCAAUCAUCUUUGAACUUUGGAUCUUUCUCAAUCUGAUUUGCACAAUCUAUUGGAUCGUUGGAACAUUACGGAUUUCAUAUUUCAAUUUGUAAAUUCGAAAUACAAACUUAACGCUUUUCAUAGCUUAUAUUGAUGACCGCCUGGCGGCGCUAGUGUAAAGUACGAAUGAAAUACGAACGAGAAAGCGUUGCAAGGCGAAAUUGGGAGUUUCUGGCCAGUGAAUCCGCGACUUUUCCUGACAUUAGGCGUAUUUUCGAUGGGAUUCUUGAAGGAUUCUGCUAGCCAGAAUGUUCAGGAAAAUAUCUUUUUGUUGUGAAAUGUACGAGUGAAUAAUAAAUAGAAUCCAAAAGUACUUCUAAAUGCUGUCCUAACGCUGUUAGUUUCACAUAACCUCAAUUUGGUGUAUUGAAAUGCGUAAAAUUGCCAGAAAAAUUCAAUUUAUCUUAUGUUUAUCUGUAAUCUGUUUUUCUGUAAUAGAAGAUAAAAUCUCGUCAGCAUUAGUAAAUGUUAUGAAUCGUAAUGUUGCAACGUCUUGUUUUUUUUUUUUUUAAAAUUCAUAACUUCAAGAAACUUUCAGUGUUUUUCUGUCUAUCCGUUUCGAUCUUUGCAACUAAAAUGCAUCUUGUUAUGUGUGAAAUGACAUCUGGUGAUAAAUUAUCUUGAACGUCACGUGAAUCAAAAAUUUUUCUUAUUUCCCUGUGAAAAAUGGGAAACAGAAACACAAGAAUGAUUUCAAUAUAACUUCUCAUUGUCACUGUUAAGCUGUGAGAUUAACAAUAUACACCAAAUAAUAUUGUACUAAGUGGAAGUAAUUAGGUGUUGAAUAAUUAAAAAAAAAAAUACACUUUGACACAUCAUCAAAUGAAGUUGCAAUUUUAACUCAAUGUUUUAUCAGGUUUUAAUUAGACAUUGCGAUGUAUUUUCAUGAUGUGUUUUUCAUUGGGUUUUACUUUAAUUGCAAUUUGAGGCACUAACGAGAAUGGCAAUCGAGAGAUAAAUUCGGAAAAUUAACAUCGUAGAGCAUUUGGAAAAGGAUGAACGUACAGCAAUUCAGUGAUUUUUGUAUUUUUUUUGGUGAAAAAGAAAAAUAUUUUCUCUAGUUUUAGGUGAAAAAUUGGAAGUGAAGAUGAGAAAUUAUGUGAAUUAUGGCCUUUUCUAAACCAAUUGGACGACGUAUAAUUAUUAAUUUCCCUCUGGGCGGAAAGUUGGAGAUGAGAAAAGGAGGAAAGAAAACUAAAUUUGUAAUAUAUAGUUAUAAUUAUAUUUUAGGAAUUGUAUAAAAUUGGCAUCUAAUAUAUAUUGUUGAAUUUAUUCUAAGGCGCUAAGAUAGAGACACAAUCGAAGAAGAAGAAAAAAAACUAACGAAGAAAAACCACCCAGAAAUCUUUUGAGCGACGAAAAUAUUUUAAUAUUUUAAGAGAUUUAAUAAAAAAAAAACGAAA